AUUGUCCCCGAUAAAAGCCAUACCGUCGCAUUUGCCUGCCCCCUCAAGCACCAGUCCGCUGUGGUCUUCCGGAGCGCGCGUGUGUUGGCACAUACGCCAGGCUACGUGCGCGCGUGCGAAAGGUUGUCGGAGGCGAGCGCGCGCGACAGGCGGUACAAGUACAAUGGCGCGCACCAGGGGCAUGCCCGCGCUCGCGCUGGUGGUGGUGGCCGCCGUGGCCGUCGCGUGCGCCGAGGCGCGGCUGCCGGACUACCACCCGUCGACGUUCACGGUGACGGGCAAAGUGCAGUGCCAGGACUGCACCAAGAACUGGAACGCCUACGCCUACAACGCCAAGCCGAUCCCCGGCAGCAAGGUGAGCAUCACGUGCCGGGACGACAGGAGCCGGGUGGUGUACCACGGCUCGGACUACACGGACGGCCAGGGCAUCUUCAACAUCGAGGUGCCCAGCAAGGCGACCAACGGCUGCGACCUCGCGCCGUCCCGCUGCCUCGUCCGCCUCGCCUCCUCGGGCGACGCUGCCUGCGCCGCCUUCACCGACUUCAACCGCGGCCAGACUGGCCAGGUCCCGUCCCGCCUCACGCACGCCUCCCCCACCAAGGUCACCUACGCCGUCGGCCCGUACUACUGCACCCUGCGCCAGUGCGACGACGACGUCAAGGGCGACGACGAAGACGACGCCUGCUACUGAUGAUGAUCCCGGCAGCUCGGCGCUGGCCACCAGUCAACCGGCGUUCGCAAUCGCGUUAUUGUGUUCCUGGUGGUUUAUGCGAGCGUUUUGCGUUCGCGUAAUUUUUCAUUCUUUCCUUUUUUUUCCUUCUCCGAUUUCGAAGUCUCUUUGGAAGGUGGAUCGAUGCGUUGCGUACGUUACUGCUCUGCUCUGUUCAUCUGUGUAACGCGCGAUCAGCAUGCCGGCAUGGUUUUAGUUGAACUCUGUGAACUAUUCUUUUGCCUCGAUCCUGAACCUGAUAUAUAAUUGCGUGCGUA